AUGUCGGCCACCACACUCCUCCCCUUCCUGUACCAGACAAGAACCCUGCAGCGACUCCCUCGAUCGAAGUUCGCCCUCCAGGUCGCCCGGUCCUUUUGCGUCUCAGCUUCGAACCGAGCAGGAGGCCGACCGGACCACAUCCCCUUUGAGCUCCCGCCCGAGCUGCAGAACGACAGGAGCAUUGCUCCCGACGUGCCAAACCAGAGCAAGCAAAGAAACAGGACUAUCACUCCCCUGGAGCAGCGCGCAUUCGAGCAGAUCUUCAACGAGAUCGCCGCGCGCCGGCCGACGCCCGUCGGCUUCGAAGACCAAGGCAAGCCUACCAACCUAGGCAGCCUGGGGGCCGCGAGCCACGAUGGGAAUGUGGUUAUAUCGGAGGAUACUAGCAGCGCGAGUGGUGUUGCAUCCGCGCGGACAUGGGACCCGGAGAAGGCGCUGAAACAGUUCCCUGCCAGUCUGCGUAAGGCAGCUGGCCUGGCGCUCGGUGUGGCCGAGUCUCCAGUGGAUCCGAAUAUCGGAGAACAGCAGGAGGAGGCAGAUGGAACAGUGGAAAUGGCUGUCGACGAGGCUGCUCGAAAAGAGAGGCACGAGCGGUGGCAGAAGAUCACGGUCGCCAGAGCUGAGACGGAGGCGCUCAUGACGCGGUGCAAGACCGACUUUGAGCUCUGGGGCGUCAUGGAGAAGGAAGUCUUUGGCCUGAUUGACAAGCUCGGGGUCGGCGUCGAGAAGAAGAAGGCAGAGGAAAGAAUGGACGUCUACGGCCCCCUGUACCCGCUGUACCUCGUCCACGGCCUGCGCCUGCUCGACAGCCACUUUGCGCAGUCGUCGCCGCUCGUCUUCUCCGUCCUGCCGCGCAUCAAGGAGCUCGGCCUGGCCUCAUACGUCCUCGGCGCGUCGACCCCGCUCUACAACAGCCUCAUGUCCAUCUACUGGCACAGGUACGGAGACGUGCCCGCGGUGCUGUCCAUCCUGGAGGAGAUGCAGGAGGGGGGCCUCUUCUUUGACGGGGCGAGCCUGGGCAUCGUGCGGGACAUGAAGCAGUUCUACGCCAGGUGCCGCGACGGCUCCGGAGGGGAGCUGUUGGGGUCGCUCGUCAAGAUGCCCGAGUACGCGGCCGCGCCCGACGGACGCAUUGCGCACUGGCAGAGGGUCAUUGAGAAGAAUAUUAAGGAGCGGCAGAAGUCUCCGGGCUACUAG